UUAAAUUUGACAAAUAAAAAAUUGCAUUAUUCGGAAAAAACGCUAUUUCCGACUGGCGUCCUCUUAACUCCUCCAUAAGUACCGAUAUUAAUAUAGUUUCACAUUAGAAAAAAUGCUAAUGCCAUUGUCUGAAUUUCGACUUUCAAGUGAACAAAAUGAGAAUUCUGAAAUGGAGUCUAAAUACAAAAAGAAAACUGAGGAACAAAACAUAAAAAUUAAUCUUGCUGUGCCAGAAGAAGGAAGCAAUCAUAAACCUCAAACAAAUACUCCCCUAACACCUGUGAGUGUAGAGUUAUCUUCUGAUGUUAUGAACAAUUCUGACUUAUCUGGAUAUCUUACCAGUGACUUUGAUAACAGCUUUAAUUUGUUACAAAAUUCUGAAAGAUCAAAAUUGAAACGUAAUAAGCAUAUUACAAGAAGAACAUCAACACCAGCUAAACAUUUUGAUAGAUUCAUACCAAAUAGAACAACAACAAAUACAGAGAUUGGUCAUUAUAAAAUCACAGUGAAUGGAAAAGAAGUUACAAAUGUUGACCAAACAGAAUAUCAAAAACUUUUAGAAACCACACUAUUAUCAGGAAAGACAUUGAAGAAUUAUUCUGUUCUAUCAUUCAGUGGAAAAUCAACGAUAAAAGAUAAACUAAUAAAAAGGCAAAAAUAUUAUGAAGAAAUUUUGCAAUUGAGAUCAAAACCAAAACGUUACAUACCAACUGUUCCCGAAAGAAUAUUAGAUGCACCAGAUUUAUUGGAUGAUUAUUAUCUGAAGCUAAUGGACUGGUCAUCAAAUGGAAAUUUGGCAAUUGCUCUGAAUAACACUUUAUAUAUAUGGAAUUACAUUGAUGAUAGAGCAUGGAUGCUUUUCCAUGUAGAAAAUGGGUUUGAUUAUAUAUCAUCAGUUGCUUGGAUUGAAGAUGGAUAUGUUGUUGCUGUAGGAAUCAGUAGUGGUAUUAUUCAGCUAUGGGAUACAGUUGGAGAAAGACUAUUAAGAACUAUGAUAGGUCAUAUUGGAAGAAUUCCAUCAUUAUCCUGGAAUGCAUACAUUUUAAGUAGUGGAUCACAGACUGGCUAUAUCCAUCAUCAUGAUGUCAGAAUUCCAAAUCAAUAUAUAUAUUCAUUUUCUGCUCAUGAUAAAGAAGUGUGUGGUUUAACAUGGUCACCUAAUGGACAGUAUUUGGCUAGUGGAGGAAAUGAUAAUCAGCUUCAUAUUUGGAGUUCAAUUAAUCAAAGUAUACCAACAUAUACUACUUCAGAUCAUUCAUCUGCAGUUAAGGCAAUAAAGUGGNUUUCAGCAUUAUUUCUGUUCUGCUAG